CAUCUUUAGAAAAGAAUUUAAAGAAAAAGCCCAACCAACACUACGAACUGAGAUCUGAAAGCAAAACUGAAGCUGCAGACUGCAGUACAUGUCCGAGGAAGCGUAUCGCGAUGGAUAGGGUGCUCAAAGCUGCAAGAAGCUCCGGUUCUCUCAACCUAUCAAAUCGCUCCCUCAGCGAUGUGCCCGAUGAGGUGUACAAAAGUGUGGAGGCAGUUGGAACGGAUGAAAAGUGGUGGGAGGCUGUGGAGCUACAAAAGCUCAUUUUGGCUCAUAAUAGUAUCGAAUCAUUGAAGGAAGACCUUAGGAAUUUACCUCAACUGACUGUAUUGAAUGUUACCCACAAUAGACUUUCCAAACUUCCAGCUGCGAUAGGAGAGCUUCCUAUGCUAAAAUCAUUAGACGUGUCCUUCAACUCAAUACUAAAAGUACCUGAGGAAAUUGGAUCGGCAUCUUCUCUUGUCAAGUUUGAUUGUUCUUCCAAUCAGCUUAAGGAACUUCCAAGCUCCAUUGGACGAUGUUUAGAGUUAUCUGAUUUGAAGGCAUCAAACAAUGUUAUUACCAGCUUGCCAGAAGAACUAGCAAACUGUUCAAAAUUGACAAAACUAGAUGUGGAGGGAAACAAGCUAACUACGCUAUCCGGGAAUUUGAUUCCAUCGUGGACCCUGCUUACUGAACUCAAUGCAUCAAAAAAUUUAUUGGGGGGUAUACCAGAGAACAUUGGGAAUCUUUCACGUCUCAUUCGUCUUGACCUUCACCAAAACAGAAUUUCAUCAAUCCCACCAUCAAUAAUGGGUUGCUCUUCUCUUGUGGAGUUCUAUAUGGGGAAUAACACACUGUCUUCAUUGCCGGCGGAGAUUGGGGUGCUUACGCAUUUAGGGACUUUUGAUCUUCACUCAAAUCAGGAACUUUCUUUGGAAGGGCUUGGUUUGAGUGCUGUUCCAUCAGAAGUAUGGGAAUCAGGUGAUGUUAUAAAAGUAGAUCUUUCUAGGAAUGUCAUCCAAGAGCUGCCGGUUGAACUUUCCUCAUGUGUUUCUCUCCAGACUUUGAUUUUAUCCAGGAACCAGAUUAAAGACUGGCCAGGUUCAAUUUUAAAGUCACUUCCUAAUCUUUCUUGUUUGAAGCUGGACAAUAAUCCACUCAGACAGAUUCCAUCUGUUGGAUUUCAAGCAGUCUCUAGGGUUCAGGUUCUAGAUCUAAGUGGUAAUGCUGCUUCAUUACCAGAGCAUCCUGUAUUUUCCAGCAUUCCUCAUCUGCAAGAGCUUUACCUGAGAAGAAUGCAACUAUGUGAAGUCCCAUUGGAUAUAUGUAGCUUACAACAACUGCGGAUCCUUGACUUGAGCCAAAAUUCCCUUCAAUCAAUUCCAAGGGGGUUCCAAAAUCUUACUUCUCUUACUGAGCUUGACCUAUCUGACAACAACAUCUCAGUGCUUCCCCCCGAGCUGGGUUUACUUGAACCAAGCCUACAGGCGUUAAGACUUGACGGAAAUUCAUUGAGAAGCAUCCGGAGGGCAAUUUUAGACCGAGGGACCAAAGCUGUUCUGAAUUACUUGAAGGACAGAAUUCCAGAGUAGUAGUUUCUUCACAUGAUUCUCCUUCUCUUGGCUGGGGUAAAUUUUCACUCCUUUUCUACGGUUUGUGUUUGAAAGCUUGAUAUUAAAGACUACAUUGUUUGUACAUCUCUUGAUUGUGAUAAUAUGUAUUUAUGUAUGAUGCACGACUAUCGUUUAUCAUUCUGGUAUUCAAUAUCAGUAUACUUCUGGGUUACACUGUU